AGACGAAGAAGAUCACCUGGCAAACGUUUGUUUGCUUGCUAGCACAUGUGGAUACUCAUAAUGUUGUCAUUUCCGCGGACCUCUUGUUAGUGUGGCUAUAAUGGAACUAGUAUGGGAGGACCCCGAGGUCCCCGAUGCUCCUUUGUUUACCAAUGAUCUUUAUGUCAAAUAUUCACUUGCACCUAAUGUCAGAGAGCUGUGGGACUUUCUCCAAAGUCCUGUACAGAACAUAAAACAGGACUGUGGGACUUCAAAAGCUUCCUCCUCCUCUCCUUCUACAAAAGACGCUGACGUUGAUACUGACGAUCCGUUUACAGACAAUGAUGGGCAGGGUGCAGCACAAUGUUGGGAUACAGAGAAAUCAAGAGUAAAGCUCAAGCCGAUUGAGAUGGAGGCGGGUGCUGUUUACCCUGAACCCAGAAUGCCCUACCCCUGUCCGUCCAGCCUAUCAAUCAAUGGCCAGAAGACUUAUCUUGGCUUUUUGAUGAGUAAGAAAGCAAGCGAUCCUCCACAGAACUUGCAGGCACAAGUAAACAGUGAAGUGAUGCAGUUCAUGAGGUACCUGAAAGACGUGGCCAAAAUAUGUGCUGACGACUACAACUUCAUAUCACAGGGAGCUAUGCAAUAUUCCGAGGAGUUCUUCAGGGGGUGUUUGGAGCACAUCAGGACGUUUCCUGAGCUCUACCAGAUCCAUGAGAUGACUAGUCUGACCGGGGGAACAUUCAACCCAGGGCUGAAGCUGACCUUUGAGAAACAGCUGCUGGUCAUGGGCAAUGUGGAUAUUACAGACCACACCAUGGUGCCUGCUGAUGCACAGCUUGCAUCGGAUUAUCAGAGUGUUUCAUCACAAAAUCCUCCAGCUAAAAAAGCCAAGGACAUGCACGCUACAAUCAGCGGUGAUGUUAAUGCUAGCAGCCUGUGUGCUCGUUAUGAGCCUCAUGUGUGUCUCACUCGAGACGCCCUCGUAAGGCUGCUAGAUAACCAUGGCCCAGACUUUGCAGAGCAGUGGGAAUUACCGGUUUGGAUCAAGUUAAACCCAGGAGAAGGCAAUAGACAGAAGAAGACUGUAUAUAUAGACUCACCCCUUCUGAAGACUGAAAUGACCAUGAAAGAGAGGAGCCAUGUCUUCCAUGAGGAGAGUCUGAAGCUCUCCAUCAAGAAGAAUGGGAGUAAAAAUGUCUUCCAUUUAAUGACGGAGCUUCGUGAGGAUAAGCAGCAACUCUCUGAGGGCUCAAAAAGAAAUAUAGUGUCUGGUGAAAACAGUGGACUUGACUUUGAGGUGGACCUUACUGACCUGGAGACAUUUGGUGAGACGAAACCCAUUAAAACCCCAAAGACGCCGAAAAAGAAGAACGAGCAGGAUGCCUGUGUUGAAAGUACGAAAGCAUCAAGUUCUGCGUCUGUGACUAAUACUAAAAGGUCCAGUGAGCGUCCUGCAAACACUACCAGCAGUUCACAAGAAGAGAUGGACACCUCAGUGGCAGGUGAGGAUGAUCCCGUAACAGAGGAGAGAAAUCAGCCAGCUGGGAAUGAGGCCAUUGCACCAACAACUGAAGACAUGAGGCCGGACUCUCCUCAGGAAUGUAACGAAGACCCACCUUUUAUGGGAGAUUCUGAUGAAGAUCAACUGGUCAUUGAUGACUCCAUUGUGUGUCCAGCUCAAACACCUACUACACAAUGUAAGACCACACAACUCUCUGCUGACGCCAGAUCUGAUUCUCUAAACUCAGAGUGUUCUUCCCCUGAAAAACCAACAAAGCAGAAACGACAAUCCAAAAAAGCAAAGGUAUCCGGCGACCAGCUGAGUGACAUCCUGCGCAUGCAGACAGCCAUGUUCAACUGUGCCAGUGACACGGCCAAAAGCUCCACUGUAUCCCAAGAGAUGAGCUCACCAGCCCGAGGUGCGGGACCCUCAGUUCACUCUUAUCCUACGUCUCUGGUGAAGCCCUGUGUGUCCUCAUAUUUGGAGAGAAACAACAACCAGGAUGGAGAGAGCGACGCUGCUUCUCACGAAUCUGCACUAGAGGCCAACAGUACAAAUACAAAGCAUAAAAAACUACUGUCAGAAGAACUGCAGGCUGGUGCAGAAGAUGAGCAAGAUUACGUCGCUCCAGAAGAAGGCAACCUGCUCUACAAGCUCUACAGUCUGCAGGACCUGCUGCUCAUGGUGCGGAGCUCUGUGUCACUGACCCAUAGCAGGAGAGUCGGCCAAAACGACCAAAACCAGCAUGUGCCAGUGCAUAUCUUGCCCAAGCUGGAGUACCAGCUGAGUUAUGGAGUUGAGUGUCUGAACAGCAGUGAGGCUUGCCAGCUGUGGACGGAGAAAUUGCUCCACUCCAGCACUGUACCCUGCAUAGCUCACAUCAAUGCGCUCACAUCAAAAGUAGCUCUGCUCACAAAGCUGCCCGACAACUGGAAACCCAACAUCUCCUGUGGGUUCAAGCCAUCGAAGUCUCUGAAUAUACUGCACCACCUACUGAAAAAGCUUACUGGGUUAGAGGAAGGACAGUACCUGAUUGCGCACAAGGCAGGGGAACCAUUUGUGACCCUAUUAAAAGUGGCUAAUGGGAAAGUGAGUCGGGGGGCAUACAACCUGCAGCAGGUCCACAGCUCCGUCCCCCAGCCCCCCACAUCCGGCCUCGUCCCCUGGAUACCUGUUGAUCCAUCUGUGGUGCUGCCCUUCCACAAGAAACACGGCCGUGUCCCCUGCACCUUCCCGCCAAAACCCUUUGUGCAGACAGCGAAAGAUGGUUCAUCGCAGUCGCAGUACAACAACCAUGGAGCCGGACAGGCAAAGAACAACCGGAAUGCAGUAGGCAAACUGAAGAAACGACAAAAGAACCGUAAAAAGUAUAUUAAAAACCUACUUAAAAAGACAUUUUAAGAAGUCCCACGUCAAAGGAUUCAAUAUCAUGUCUUCUCAUUUCAUAUAAGGUGAGGAGCUGAACCUGUACUGCUAAGGAAAGGAAAGGAAAGCGCAGCAUAGCACUAACAAUGUACAUCACUUCAUACUGGUGUUAUACUAAGACUUUGAACAUAAAUGUGAACGUUUAAGCACUUUGAGAGUAUAAUCUAGAACUUUCUAUUUUUUCAUAUGUUGGUAAUUAUAAUUUGUGAAAAGAUAUAAAUAAUAAACUUUGUCUAAGUAACCAUAUGUGAGUAUGUCUUUAUAACUGUUUGUGUGGAACGAAUGAUUCAAGACAUCACCUUGAACAUUUCCUGAGGGUACAGAUGUUCCAGUGACUUAUGAAUAGUGUUUUGGGGAAAA